UAUAUUAUUAUCGAUAUAUUCAUUAUCGAUAGACCGCGGGAAAUCACUAGAAAUGAAUCCCUCGUCUGCUCGGUAAUGCACUUAGUCCUCGGUCGGGGCAAUGAAUUUUUUUCGGGUCGUUGUAUUGAUCAAAUAAUGGUGGGCGAGUUCUUUGAUGCAUCAACUAAAUUCUGGAGUCCCUGCAGGUAUUAAUAAGAGGGUCGGGGCCAUGAGUGGAUCAGUUAAGUCGUGACAUAAACCGAAUGAGGAAGAAAUAGUCAGUUCAGUCCGACCAGUAAAUGUCUGGAUAACAUGUCGACGGAUCCAUCGGAAUCUCGAGGAAGCGAGAAUACACCGUCUCUGAUAAAAAGACCAUCAGCAAAACCGCCCUUCAAGCUGUGCUUUCCCAAACCUCAGAUGCCAGGACGAUCCGAGGUUCUGGUAUCCAAGGUUGAUGGUGUUCUUAAAUUUGUAGCCAAUUUUGUUACCCCCAAGUUCUGGAACAAGGAGGCACUACCGGAAGUCCAGGGUGAGGUCGAGGAUCGACUCGCUGAAGCCGUCAGGCGACGGAUGCAACAGGAGCGCAAGGGACCCAGGGAUUUAUACCGAUUUCCCGUUCUGAGUAGUCAGAGUUACGGAUGGUGGUACGAUGAAACUCUUGGAAGUACCUCACCUCAAUUCAAUUUUCAUAAACAUACAUCAGAUAUGGUGGAGUCCAAUCUAAUGAUACAGUAUGAAGAAAAGAAAUUACGCGGUCUGUGUCAUUAAUGCAUAAUAAUAGGAUAAUUUCUUUGGAAAUUUGAUAGUAUAUAUGAACGUAAUGUCCACCUACAGUUUUUCGAGGUAAUUUUAAUGCCAUUAUAUGUUCAUUUGAAUAAUCGCUUGAUGUAUAGAUUUAUAAUUAUAAUUCUCUCCUUCGUAGACCAAUAAAAUCAUCGGCAA